CACCACCACCCCACCUCCUCUUGAUAUUAAAAUUUAAAAGUUGGAGGCGAGGCAGCAGGGACCGUGGUCAAGGAUGGACGAGCAGCCUCGGUUGAUGCACUCCCACGGGGUAGGCAUGGCCGGACACCCCGGCCUGGCGCAGCAUAUGCAGGAUGGCACGGCGGGGACGGACGGAGAGGGAAGGAAGCAGGACAUCGGAGACAUAUUACAGCAAAUAAUGACCAUCACAGACCAAAGCUUAGACGAAGCACAGGCGAGGAAACAUGCACUGAACUGCCACAGAAUGAAACCUGCUCUCUUCAACGUCUUGUGUGAAAUAAAGGAGAAAACAGUGCUCAGUAUCCGUGGCGCCCAGGAGGAGGAGCCUCCAGAUCCUCAGCUGAUGCGACUGGACAACAUGCUGCUGGCGGAGGGCGUGGCCGGGCCGGAGAAAGGGGGCGGGUCGGCCGCUGCAGCAGCUGCCGCAGCGGCCACAGGCGGCGUUGGUGCCGACAACUCAGCAGAACACUCCGACUACCGGGCCAAGCUGACUCAGAUCCGACAAAUUUACCACACGGAGCUGGAGAAGUAUGAACAGGCGUGCAAUGAGUUCACUACCCAUGUGAUGAACCUGCUGAGGGAGCAGUCUCGAACACGACCCAUCUCGCCCAAAGAGAUCGAGCGCAUGGUCGGCAUCAUCCACCGCAAGUUCAGCUCCAUCCAGAUGCAGCUGAAACAGAGCACCUGCGAGGCCGUCAUGAUCCUGCGCUCACGCUUUCUCGACGCCAGACGAAAGAGGAGGAACUUCAACAAACAGGCGACAGAGAUCCUAAACGAGUACUUUUACUCCCAUCUCAGUAACCCCUAUCCCAGCGAGGAGGCCAAAGAAGAGCUGGCCAAGAAAUGCAGCAUCACAGUGUCACAGGUAUCAAACUGGUUUGGGAACAAGAGAAUCCGAUACAAGAAAAACAUCGGCAAGUUCCAAGAAGAGGCCAACAUGUAUGCAGCGAGGACCGCAGUCACUGCAACCAGUGUGUCUGCUCACGGCAGCCAGGCAAACUCCCCAUCAACUCCCAAUUCAGCAGGUUCUGCUGGCUCUUUUAACAUGUCAAACUCCGGAGACUUGUUCAUGAGUGUGCAGUCCCUCAAUGGGGACUCGUACCAAGGGGGGCAGGUUGGGGCCAACAUACAAUCCCAGGUGGAUACCCUUCGCCAUGUUAUCAGCCAGACCGGAGGAUACAGUGACAGCCUCGCAGCCAGCCAGAUGUACAGUCCACAGGGCAUCAACGUAAGACCUACAAAUGGUGGCUGGCAAGAUGCUCCGACUCCUUCGUCAGUGACAUCGCCCACAGAAGGACCCGGGAGCGUUCAUUCGGAUACUUCCAACUGAAUAUAUCCAUCUCCACACCUUAUCUACAAAACCACAUGGACUGACCUUGCUAUUCACAGUAUUAAACAAAGGAGAUCUCUGUCCCACAGUUUGGAGAGGUACUGUGAAAAUCCUAACCAGAAAAAAAAUAGAUAUUUCCUCUGCUUAUAACGUUGGACAUUUGGGAUACAAACACAAAGUUUCACAAUAAAAGUCCAAACAAUAUCGCAAUCCAUGGAGACGUUUGUACAGAUUUCACAUUAUAUUGAGGGGGCUGGGGUUACUCAUUCACUCAUAAUGUUUUCACUCAUAAUGAUAAAAUGAUAUGAUAAAGUAAAUAAAUCAAAUCAUUGGUUUUAACUGAAAAUACUUCAUUCUACCUCUCAGCCACUUAAAAAAGUAGAAAAAAUAUGUCAGUGACCAUUAUUUGUUUUGUAAAAAUGAAACUUUUGUCUUUGCAAGCAAGAGGCACAUCUUCUUACUUACAUUUUGUUGUCUCUCACCUAUUCUAUGGUACGCCAUUUAGACUUAAAUAUUGCUCAGUUGUUUACAAUGUGUGCUUGAUAAAAGUAUGUUCAUCAUCUUCCCCUCUGUCUUCGACAAGUCAAAACAGAGUUCUGUCAGGAGAUUUUACCUCUAAGGUAACCCUGUGAAGUAUGUUAUCUGUAAAACAAUAAAUAAAUACUUGUCAUCAAAUCGGA